AUGGCUACCUGUAGUUAUUCGAAACUCGUUGGAGGGGCCUGUGGUCCAAGUGUUUCCAAUCCUGCAAAUGUUGAGUGCGCUUUAAUUGGAGAAUGUGGUAAGGAUAUUCAAGGCCAUCUGAAGCUCACAAAUGUAAAGGACUCUACCUUGGAUGAAGCAAGAUUACUCUUGGCCAGAGCAGGUCAGUGUUUUCUUCUGCUGUAAUUCUGUAUCAGAUUUGUGGCGCCAAAAUAUCGCGUAAAGUCGAAAACUGCUGGGGAGGGGGGGGUGGGUACUCAUCAAAGUGUUGUACGAGGAGGCCCGACGUCUAAUCCUUACCUUUUGAUACGCCAAUUUUGAUAAAAAUCUACCUCUGCGCUGCACCUCUCAAGGUAAUACUAAAUAAAACUAAAUUAAACUUAAUGACAGAUUUCCUUAGCCGUUCACUACUUUCAUCUUGAACUUGUGAGACCCCUACCCCCUAAAGCGUUUGAAAAGGGUACCCCUUUCGGGUGAAGCCUCCUCGCAUAGAAAGCACCAUAGAAUACUGGGUGCUUUCGAAAAAUUGUUCAUCGCAACAAUUCCCUGUAACUAGAGAUGACGUGAUGAGCGUAAAGUCCUUUACGUAUAGGUACUGGCACACUCUUUCCCGACGAAAAGAACCGAAAGCAUCUCACUUUUACACCGGCGUUAUACAAUAACGUUUUGAUUGUCCAAAAAACUGCAAAACUAGUUUAGAAGUCAACCUAACAGCCCUGGGGACGAGGUUGGUUGAGAUGUCGCUUACGAAGGGCCUAGGUGGGACAAAUUUCCUGCCUCCCCUAGAGUCUCCCAGGGGCUUGGACCGGUGGCGGACAACCGAACAUGGUGUCAUGGGCUCCUGACAUGACCAAGGUGACCAAUUUGCACUGGGGAGCAAAAUAAUAAUGUGCUCAUAUGAUGUCAGAAACACACGCCGAAGCAUCCAACAAUACAAUUGUACUCCGCAUCAUUGCCCGCUAUGCUGUUGCGACAAAUCCUAGGGAUCUAGGACUAACUCUACGCCUAACCAAACUUUACACUGGGCCUAGCGAAGCGGUUAAGUAAACAUAUGAAUAUCUUUUGCAAGGUUGCUUUGAACUGGAUGAGGUGCAUUUGAACACAACGAUAUGUCCUCGUCACCGGGACCUUUGGGGAAUAAGAUGGCGUAACAACAAGAAGAACUGUUCUUGUCCAGACAAGUGGAAACAGCAUGAAAAGAACCAGAAAGGAGAUCGAGGGAUAAACAUGGCUCAGUCGAGAAACCUGUAUAUCCAGACGCAAAUUAUAUUGCCCGUGGGUUCUCGUAAGUACUACUGCUAUGAUCCACGCGACGUUUAUGCUGUAAUAACCUGUCCAACAAUUUUAAAGAAGAAUCACUUUUUCAUCGUGUUCUAAUAACUGUUUUAAGACUGCUGAUGCAUGCCGUUAGUGCAAUUGAAUGGUUUCUUUUAUUUCUUUUCUCACAAAAUUCUUUGUUGUUUUUUUUUUUUAAUUAAUUGUCGAGGAGAAAUUUGGAGUAGGCAAUUCUAGACUAUUAUCUAUACUGGUUACGGCUAAAUAAUGACAGACAGUUAAUCUGUUUAUUCCAAUGUUAGCUAUAUGCAAACAAUGUCGAAGAAGACUAAGCAUUCAAAGGGAAGACGAUGAGGUAACAUUAACGGCGCCUAAAUCCCAAGAUGAAACACGUGGAGACAAGGAUUGCGAAGAGCCAGAAUCCACUUCCUCAAGUCCAGGAGAGCCGCGACUUGACGUUGUAAGUUAAAUUAUACCAGGGUCAAGUUGUGCGGUUAAAAGAACGAUAUAUCUAGGCUAACAGUCGGUAUAUUAUAGUUGCUUUUCAAAUCUCGGGUGUGGAACUGAAGGGACCGGGAAGCUCAGAAAAAAAGCAAAAACAAAACAAAGCAAGAAAAAAGCAAAAAAACAUUUGUAGCCUCAAACUAGCGGCACGAAAAAACAACUUUUAAAUUUAACAAUUUUUUUUUAUCAAAGUGCGGACUUCUCUCCGGAAGAACGUGUUAGAUGAGGACUGACUAGAAACUUACGAGAUUUCAGAUAAGGAGGAGUCGAGUAAUAUGUAUGACGUUACAAUUGGCCAAAUUUAUAAACGAUCGGAAGACUGGGUACGAAUGUGAUUCAACACUUGUCAACUGAUGGAGCAUUUAAACAUGAGUGCAUUGAUUAAAUUUCAUUGUUUUUGGAAAAGAAGGCUUCUAAAAAUAUGUAAUUAUAGAGACCUUUGACUAGAUUAGGGACUUUUAAUUUCCCUUUUGGCAUUGGCUAAGCAAUAAGGUGUCUUUUCAUUAGCAGGCCGACCAACUGUCUCAAUCAAUGGGCCAACUCUUUAUUGAGCAGGAAACAAGUCUUCAUCUUCCAGAAGAUACAGACAACAGUAGUGAGUCUUCCGGUGCCGAGGACCAACGUACAGUAGGAGCACAGAGAACAAAGUUAAAUGAAUUUUUAAGUGCCUGCAACGUUGGAAGUACUGUUGGCGUGUACAAGAAAAAAUGGCAAGACACAAGUUUCCGCACUAGAAGAAGUCGCGUAUCAAAAGCUAAAGAAUCAAUUGUAGCAGCUCUGAAUGUGAUUGCACCUGGUGAUGCUGGUCCCUUAUGGGAGGCGCUAAAGGAAUCUAAGUCUGUGGAGAAAGCUUUGGGGAUAGCAGAGGAGUCUCAGUCAGAUAGGAAAUAUUUGGAGGCCUUGGCUGAAACGUACAACAACGCAUCAAGCUGGGCGACGCGCCGUCAAAUAUUAUCAGUCAUGGCGGACCUUACUUCCUUAGAGAAAAUUCAGGCCUACAUACCCAGCAUCACUGAAUUCAAAUUUGCCAUAGCCAGGAAGCACAAAAUAGAGUUCGGCCGAGGUGUUCCACUACCCCUGAAAAAAAGCCCAAGAAUGCGUGUGGACACCAUUCAACUGGACCAUUUCAUAUCAGUCAUUACAAGCCCCCACAUCAUUCAAGACCUCCCUUUUGGCCAGCGGUACUUACAUCUUUCGACUGGUAAAGUUUUGGAGACACCCAAUGUGAUACGAAAUAUGAUACCACAGCGUAUUGUUAAGCAAUACAUGCAGUAUUGCUAUGAAACAAAUUUCAAGCCAUUUAGUCCAUCGACCAUUCUUCGCAUUUUGUCUUGUUGUAGCGCAACGGUUAGGAAAUCCUUGCAAGGACCGUUUAGGAGAGUACGGUCUUAG